AAGGUGUAAAGUCUCCGACAAAUAAAAAAAAAUGCAUGCUCUGUACGUGCUGCUCAGCAGCAUGAUACUACUCCUAGGUGACACUCGUGCUGACUGUCCUCAUCUACGCCCUGGCCUACUGAAAUGGUCUUCAAGUGAAACUUGGGGAAGUGAAGGAGAGCCGAUGGACGGAGAGAACGUCGUCAUAUCGCAGAAUAUAUUACUAGACAAGUCGCCAGCAUCUUUGUACAAUAUCACUAUUCUUGCGGGUGGAAGUUUGAUAUUUAACCCGGAAGUGAAAAUGGAACUGCGCGCGAGAAAUAUUUUCGUACAGGGAACCAUGGAGAUUGGCAGUGAAGACUGUCCAUAUAAUGGGACACUUACUAUCACACUUACCGGUAUUGUCAUCAUUCAACGAAACUAA